AUGGAGCGACACUUUUGGCCAAGAGGGGGCCGCCAUUUACUCUACGCCGCUUUCCCCGCACAGCAGGUCCACUCGACGGCCACAGAAGAGCGUAAGCCAGCGAGGAGGUCGCGUGCGGCUCUCGCGAGCCCUGGAUCACCGCCUCCCGCGCGGCCGGAGCCCUCCACGAGUGCCGGCAGCAGCCGUGGCAGUCCCGACCUGCCAUCGGGUUCGGCUGACAGCGACGACCCGAAGAACGGCAACAAGCAGACCGCUGCUGCGGCCCAGCAGCGGCGCAAGAAGAAGACGCGGACGGUGUUUACGCGCAGCCAGGUGUUUCAGCUCGAGUCCACGUUCGACAUGAAGCGGUACCUGUCGAGCUCGGAGCGUGCGGGCCUGGCGGCCUCGCUGCAGCUCACCGAGACGCAGGUGAAAAUCUGGUUCCAGAACCGGCGCAACAAGUGGAAGCGCCAGCUGGCCGCCGAGCUGGAGGCGGCCAACCUGGCGCAGCAGCGCAUGGUGCGGCUCCCCGCUGCCGCAGCCGUUCUGUACGAGUCGGCUGCGCAGGACGCGGCCGCGGCGCUCGGCCCGUUCUACUACCCGGGAGGCCCGCCACCACCGCCGCUGUGA